AUGAUAAUUCACACCACCAGUUAUGUUAGCCAGCCGUUGAAAUUGCCCCUGCUACCCGAGAUGAGUCACCCGAAUUCGUAUUCAUCUCUUUCCCCGCGCAACAACACCUGUGGGAGCAGCAGCAGUAGCAGUAGUAGCGGAAGUAGCGGCAGUGGAGGUAGCUGCAGCAGUAGCGGUAGCGGUAACAGCAGCACGAAUAGCAGUGGGAGCUGUAACAACCAAGGAGGGAAAAGCAACACAAAUCAGCUGAAUGACCCCGAUUUUGAAGAAGCAUGUGAUAUUAGACUAAUGAACACCCCGGAGAAUAUGAAAUUUUCGCAGUCUCCUCCGACAAGCUCCCUACAUGCAUCGUCUUUACAUCUAACCGAUGUGAAUGAGUUAGUCCUUUCGCCCAACCAGCAGAUAUACUCGAACAGCCCCUUAAAGUCUCCCAAUACUACGCCCUUAACCCCAGCGUCUCCCAUUUUUGAUUCCAACUAUAAUGAAGAGAACAUGGAAAAGGUGAGCUCCAAUUAUUUCGUCUCAUCCCCCUACAGAAAUGACAUUUUCUCCGAAUUCGAUAUGCUGGGAUCCUUUUUUGAGUCGCUCGAUGAAUUGGAAAAUAAAAGUGACUACACGGAGAGUAGCAGCAAUGAGAACUCCAAGUUUAGCCACGACUUUUCGCUUGACAUGUGUGGAGGGAAAAAGGGGAAAAAGGGGAACAUACAAAAGGAUGAAGUCAUUUACAAUUUUAAGAGGGACAAUUACAAGAAGGUGUUCCACGCAUGGUGCAAUAAAGGGAAGCACGAAUUGAACUACGAUAAUAAGAAGUUCGGCUCCAUUAUGGAGUGGAUUAAUUAUAUAGAAGAGCUCAUGUCGCAUGAGGGGCAAAAUGAUAACAAGGGCGACGAGGAGGAAGAGCGACAGCCCCGGCAGGAGCAGCAGAUGGGAGGACAGCUAGGAGGGCAGAUGGGAGAACAUCUGGAGGAGGAACACUGCGGGCUCCUGCACGAGAUGGAGCACGAUCUGGAGCACGAGCGGGAGCAGGAGGAUAUGAUCAAAAUUGGCAUGAGCCCCAACUUUUUUAGCGAGGAAAAUGUCUACCAGGUGGGCAGCAGCGCGUUUCGCAGUGAUGAGUACAUGUCCGUGGGGAAGGAAAACGGAGGGGGGAGCGAUGAAGUAGAUUACGGGGGAGGCGGCGUUGAUUACGGAGGAGGCGGCGUUGAUUACGGAGGUAGUGGCGGGGUGGAUUACUCUGUUAACAGCGGCGUGGGGGUGGGCUACCUGGUGAGCAGUGGAGUGGAUUACAUGGUGAGCAGCAUGGCCGACUAUGCCGUCAGCGGCGGGGCCGACUGUGGCAAUGACCAGGGAGAGUAUUACAAAGACGGUGGAGAUAACGGCGCCCUGAAGGAAGAGAGCAAAUGUGACAAUUUCUUAGCUAGCCAAAAUGUGAAUGUAAUGAUGAGCACCCCCGAACAGUGCAACAGUUCCUUCGUAGCGGAUAAUGUAAAUGCGUACCGGGCAGAUGAGAGAGGAGGUGGAGGAGUAGGAAUGAGCAGCCCGCAUGGUCACUGCGCUCUUCUCUCCUCGUCCUUAAUGAAGCCAAAUUAUGAUGCCAAUCCAUGCAUCAGCAAUUUCGGGGGGAAGCAGAAUUUGCUACCAGAGUACAACAACGCGGAGGAUAACAUCACCUACUGUAAUAGUGACUCCAGGCAGGAGGGGAUGGGCGAUUAUUUCCUCCCCUCAGCGAUGAACGGCGCGCAGAUGCAGAGCGGCUCCUGUGGUGUGGGCGGCAGUGGCUUUGUGUGGAACAGUGGCGCAAGUGCUGACGAGGGAAACGGUGCAGGGAACAUCGCCUCGAAUGUAGCAAACGUGGCGAACGCGGCAAACGCGGCAAGCGUGGUGGAUAACCUUGCGGGGAAUCACCACGCCCACGUGGCCCAACCCGUAGGCGCGGAAAAGGUUGGGGCGCAGAAUGAAAAGGACGAGGCUGACAAUAGCGCGCCUUCGUCCAACUGUGCUGACGUCCCAAACCCAUGGAUGGCUCAGUGA